GACAAUGCUUCUCUCUAGCUCAUUGCCCACUGCAUUGGUGGCUGUUUUGCUUGCCUUGUCUACCUGCGUUUCUGCUGUUAAACAAACUCAUCCUGAGAUCAGAGAAAAACAUGACAUCAAGAUCGAUUACAAGUUUCCAGAUAAUGAACUGCUCAUUUUUCCUUCUGGAAAAACUGGAAAAGUCAAGUUCACCUUGACCAACCUGAGCAAGGAAAAGAUUACUGUAUUCAAGGUUACUACUACUUACACUAAGCCCAAGGAUUUUACUAAAAAAGUAUCCCUGUCUCCUUCUAUGGAUCUGUCCUUUACGCUUGUGCCAAACAAACCCAUUACAUACAACCACGUAUUUGCUACCGACAUCGAGGCACAAAAAGCCAAUCUUCAGAUUGCUUUCGAUUGCGAUGAUUUCCACGGCUCUGAUGAUCCUUAUCGUAUCAUUGCCAUGAACACUCCCGUCGAGGUUAUCUUUAGUGAUUCGUUGUUUGAUUUGAAAAGUAUUAUGAUGUAUAUUUUCAGCACAACUCUCUUUGGUUUGGUUUCGUACCUAUUUUACACUGUUUUCUUUUAUAAAGACACUUCCAAGAUUGUCAAGACCAAAAAGCCACGUCCUGCUCCAUCUCCAUCUCAGUCCAAGUCUGAUCUUUCCACCGAGCUUGAUCCCGAGUGGAUUUCUGGUCAUACGCUUCAAAAGGACACCAAGGUUUCAACCCCCAAAAUUAAGAAGCGCAAGUAAGAUUUCUACAAAAAAGGAAACGCUAUGGCUGGUAUUCAAGUAGUUUUGUUUAUGGAAUACACUCGUAUUCACGUAAAAUAAACCGCUAAAUAAGAUUCCAAA